AAUUUCUCAAAGAAGAUCUCAAUCAGAAAACAGAAACAAUGAGUUCUACACCAGCAGCCGUUUCAACCAAAGGAGGCAGAGGCAAGCCAAAAGCCAAAGGAGUUUCAAAAUCACUCAAAGCGGGUCUCCAAUUCCCAGUCGGCAGGGUCGCCCGUUUCCUCAAGAAAGGAAGAUACGCCCAGCGGGUCGGGUCCGGCUCCCCAGUCUACUUAUCUGCUGUUCUUGAAUACCUCGCUGCCGAGAUAUUGGAGCUUGCUGGAAACGCAGCGAGAGACAACAAGAAGAACAGAAUAAUUCCGAGGCAUAUUCAACUCGCUGUGAGGAACGAUGAGGAGUUCAGUAAACUGUUGGGAUCGGUGACUAUUGCUAACGGAGGAGUGUUGCCGAAUAUUCAUCAGGUUUUGUUGCCUAAGAAGGGUGGAAAAGGCGGGAAGGGUGAAUCUGGAUCUGUUUCUCAGGAGUUUUAAAUGAGUUGUUGUUUUGGUAUAUCUGCUGUGCAGUUAGUUAGUUAGAUUGGGUUGGGUAUUACUAAUGGUUUAGACAGUGUUAUAUGAGGAUCUUGUUAUUGUAGAUUUGCAAUGAAAUUUGUCUCUUCGGUUUAUAACAAUCAAAUUUUAGAAUCUCUUUUGUUCUUCCAA